AUGAGGAGUCUUGGGCUGCUUCUUUUGUUUCCGUGUACCUUCCUCAUUGUUCGAGCGAAGCCAACUACGCAUUCCAUGGGUGACAUGAAGCCUCAAACUCUCGCUACAUCAACGACAGACGAAACAACGCAUGGUUCUGCAACACAUCCUAUGGGUGGAAUGAUGCACCAGAAUCUCGCAACGACAUCAAAAACUGAUACCACAAAACCUGACACCGGUCCAACAACACAUUCAAUGGGUGGCAUGAUGCCUCAAACUCUCGCUACAUCAACGACAGACGAAACAACGCAUGGUUCUGCAACACAUCCUAUGGGUGAAAUGAUGCCGCAGAGUCUCGCAACAACAUCAAAGACUGAUACCACAAAACCCGACACCGGUCCAACAACACAUUCAAUAGGUGGCAUGAUGCCUCAAACUCUCGCUACAUCAACGACAGACGAAACAACGCAUGGUUCUGCAACACAUCCUAUGGGUGAAAUGAUGCCGCAGAGUCUCGCAACAACAUCAAAGACUGAUACCACAAAACCCGACACCGGUCCAACAACACAUUCAAUGGGUGGCAUGAUGCCUCAAACUCUCGCUACAUCAACGACAGACGAAACAACGCAUGGUUCUGCAACACAUCCUAUGGGUGAAAUGAUGCCGCAGAGUCUCGCAACAACAUCAAAAACUGAUACCACAAAACCUGACAUUGGUCCAACAACGCAUUUAAUGGGUGGCAUGAUGCCUCAAACUCUCGCUACAUCAACGACAGACGAAACAACGCAUGGUUCUGCAACACAUCCUAUGGGUGGAAUGAUGCCCCAGAAUCUCGCAACAACAUCAAAAACUGAUACCACAAAACCCGACACCGGUCCAACAACACAUUCAAUGGGUGGCAUGAUGCCUCAAACUCUCGUUACAUCAACGACAGACAAAACAACGCAUGGUUCUGCAACACAUCCAAUGGGUGGAAUGAUGCCCCAGAAUCUCGCAACAACAUCAAAAACUGAUACCACAAAACCUGACAUUGGUCUAACAAUACAUUCAAUGGGUGGCAUGAUGCCUCAAACUCUUGCUACAUCAACGACAGACGAAAUAACGCAUGGUUCUGCAACACAUUCCAUGGGUGGCAUAAUGCUUCUAACUCUCGCUACAUCAACGACAGACGAAACAACGCGUGGUUCUGCAACACAUCUUAUGGAUGGAAUGAUGCCACAGAAUAUCGCAUCGACAUCAACAACAGAUGCCUCAACGCAUGGCAUCGGUCGAACAACACAUUCAAUGGGUGGCAUGAUGCCUCAAACUCUUGCUACAUUAACCACAGACGAAACAACGCAUGGUUCUGCAACACAUUCCAUGGGUGGCAUGAUGCCUCAAACUCUCGCUUCAUCAACGACAGACGAAACAACGCAUGGUUCUACGACACAUUCUAUGGGUGGCAUGAUGCCUCAAACACUCGCUACAUUAACGACAGAUGAAACAACGCAUGGUCCAACAACACAUUCAAUGGGUGGCAUGAUGCCUCAAACUCUCGCUACAUCAACGACAGACGAAACAACGCAUGGUUCUGCAACACAUCCUAUGGGUGAAAUGAUGCCGCAGAGUCUCGCAACAACAUCAAAAACUGAUACCACAAUACCUGCCAUUGGUCCAACAACACAUUCAAUGGGUGGCAUGAUGCCUCAAACUCUCGCUACAUCAACGACAGACGAAACAACGCAUGGUUCUGCAACACAUCCUAUGGGUGAAAUGAUGCCGCAGAGUCUCGCAACAACAUCAAAAACUGAUACCACAAUACCUGCCAUUGGUCCAACAACACAUUCAAUAGGUGGCAUGAUGCCUCAAACUCUCGCUACAUCAACGACAGACGAAACAACGCAUGGUUCUGCAACACAUCCUAUGGGUGAAAUGAUGCCCCAGAAUCUCGCAACGACAUCAAAAACUGAUACCACAAAACCUGACAUUGGUCUAACAAUACAUUCAAUGGGUGGCAUGAUGCCUCAAACUCUCGCUACAUCAACGACAGACGAAACAACGCAUGGUUCUGCAACACAUCCUAUGGGUGAAAUGAUGCCUCAAACACUCGCUACAUUAACGACAGAUGAAACAACGCAUGGUCCAACAACACAUUCAAUGGGUGGCAUGAUGCCUCAAACUCUCGCUACAUCAACGACAGACGAAACAACGCAUGGUUCUGCAACACAUCCUAUGGGUGAAAUGAUGCCGCAGAGUCUCGCAACAACAUCAAAAACUGAUACCACAAUACCUGCCAUUGGUCCAACAACACAUUCAAUGGGUGGCAUGAUGCCUCAAACUCUCGCUACAUCAACGACAGACGAAACAACGCAUGGUUCUGCAACACAUCCUAUGGGUGAAAUGAUGCCGCAGAGUCUCGCAACAACAUCAAAAACUGAUACCACAAUACCUGCCAUUGGUCCAACAACACAUUCAAUAGGUGGCAUGAUGCCUCAAACUCUCGCUACAUCAACGACAGACGAAACAACGCAUGGUUCUGCAACACAUCCUAUGGGUGAAAUGAUGCCCCAGAAUCUCGCAACGACAUCAAAAACUGAUACCACAAAACUCGACACCGGUCCAACAACACAUUCAAUGGGUGGCAUGAUGCCUCAAACUCUCGCUACAUCAACGACAGACGAAACAACGCAUGGUUCUGCAACACAUCCUAUGGGUGAAAUGAUGCCGCAGAGUCUCGCAACAACAUCAAAGACUGAUACCACAAAACCCGACACCGGUCCAACAACACAUUCAAUGGGUGGCAUGAUGCCUCAAACUCUCGCUACAUCAACAACAGACGAAACAACGCAUGGUUCUGCAACACAUCCUAUGGGUGGAAUGAUGCCCCAGAAUCUCGCAACGACAUCAAAAACUGAUACCACAAAACUCGACACCGGUCCAACAACACAUUCAAUGGGUGGCAUGAUGCCUCAAACUCUCGCUACAUCAACGACAGACGAAACAACGCAUGGUUCUGCAACACAUCCUAUGGGUGAAAUGAUGCCGCAGAGUCUCGCAACAACAUCAAAAACUGAUACCACAAUACCUGCCAUUGGUCCAACAACACAUUCAAUGGGUGGCAUGAUGCCUCAAACUCUCGCUACAUCAACGACAGACGAAACAACGCAUGGUUCUGCAACACAUCCUAUGGGUGAAAUGAUGCCGCAGAGUCUCGCAACAACAUCAAAGACUGAUACCACAAAACCCGACACCGGUCCAACAACACAUUCAAUGGGUGGCAUGAAGCCUCAAACUCUCGCUACAUCAACGACAGACGAAACAACGCAUGGUUCUGCAACACAUCCUAUGGGUGAAAUGAUGCCGCAGAGUCUCGCAACAACAUCAAAAACUGAUACCACAAUACCUGCCAUUGGUCCAACAACACAUUCAAUGGGUGGCAUGAUGCCUCAAACUCUCGCUACAUCAACGACAGACGAAACAACGCAUGGUUCUGCAACACAUCCUAUGGGUGAAAUGAUGCCGCAGAGUCUCGCAACAACAUCAAAAACUGAUACCACAAUACCUGCCAUUGGUCCAACAACACAUUCAAUAGGUGGCAUGAUGCCUCAAACUCUCGCUACAUCAACGACAGACGAAACAACGCAUGGUUCUGCAACACAUCCUAUGGGUGAAAUGAUGCCCCAGAAUCUCGCAACGACAUCAAAAACUGAUACCACAAAACUCGACACCGGUCCAACAACACAUUCAAUGGGUGGCAUGAUGCCUCAAACUCUCGCUACAUCAACGACAGACGAAACAACGCAUGGUUCUGCAACUCAUCCUAUGGGUGAAAUGAUGCCGCAGAGUCUCGCAACAACAUCAAAGACUGAUACCACAAAACCUGACACCGGUCCAACAACACAUUCAAUGGGUGGCAUGAUGCCUCAAACUCUCGCUACAUCAACAACAGACGAAACAACGCAUGGUUCUGCAACACAUCCUAUGGGUGGAAUGAUGCCCCAGAAUCUCGCAACGACAUCAAAAACUGAUACCACAAAACUCGACACCGGUCCAACAACACAUUCAAUGGGUGGCAUGAUGCCUCAAACUCUCGCUACAUCAACGACAGACGAAACAACGCAUGGUUCUGCAACACAUCCUAUGGGUGGAAUGAUGCCGCAAAGUCUCGCAACGACAUCAAAAACUGAUACCACAAAACCUGACAUUGGUCCAACAACGCAUUCCAUAGGUGGUAUGAUGACUCAAACUCUCGCGACGACAUCAUCAACUCAUCCCACAAGACCUGACAUCGGUCCAACUACACGUUCCAUAGGUGGUAUGAUGACUCAAACUCUCGCGACGACAUCAUCAACUCAUCCCACAACGCCUGACCUCGGUCCAACAACACAUUCAGUAGAUGGCAUGAACUCUCAAACGAUACGUCAUAAUCUCGCAGUGACAUCAUCAAUUGAUACCACAACACCUGAUUUCGGUCCAACUAUGCAUUCAUUGGGUGGCAUGGUGCCUAAAUCUAUCGCGACAUCAACAGCUGACGCUACAACACUUGACAUCGGUUCAACAACACAUUCAAUGGGUGGAAUGAUGCCUCAGAAUCUCGCAUCGACACCAACAACGGAUGCCGAAAGGCAUGUCACCGGUCGAACAACACAUUCAAUGAGUGGCAUGAUGCCUCAAACUCUCGCUACAUUAACCACAGACGAAACAACGCAUGGUUCUCCAACACAUUCCAUGGGUGGCAUGAUGCCUCAAACUCUCGCUACAUUAACCACAGACGAAACAACGCAUGGUUCUCCAACACAUUCCAUGGGUGGCAUGAUGCCUCAAACUCUCGCUACAUUAACGACAGACGAAACAACACAUGGUCCAACAACACAUUCAAUGGGUGGCAUAAUGCCUCAAAAUCUCGCUACAUCAACGACAGGCGAAACAACGCGUGGUUCUGCAACACAUUCUAUGGGUGGAAUGAUGCCUCAGAAGCUCGCAUCAACACCAACAACGGAUGCCAAAAGGCAUGACACCGGUCCAACAACAUAUUCAAUGGGUGGCAUGAUGCCUCAAACUCUCGCUUCAUCAACGACAGACGAAACAAUGCGUGGUUCUGCAACACAUUCCAUGGGUGGAAUAAUGCAGCAGAAUCUCGCAACCACAUCACAAAUUGAUGCCACAAAGUCUGACAUAGGUCCAACAACACAUUCAAUGGGUGGCAUGAUACCUCAAACUCACGCUACAUCAACGACAGGCGAAACAACGCAUGGUUCUGCAACACAUUCUAUGGGUGGAAUGAUGCCACAGAAUCUCGCAACGACAUCAACAACUGAUACCACAAAAUCUGACAUAGGACCAACUACACAUUCAAUGGAUAGAAUGAUACCUCAACCUAUCGCAACAUCAACAACAGACGAAACAACGUAUGGUCCAACAACACAAUCCAUGGGAGGCAUGCUGCCUCCAACUCCCGCUACUACAUCAACAGCAGAUGCUACAUCACCUAACAUCGGUCCACAAACACAUUCCAUUGAAUCUACAACCUCUACUGAAGAUAUGCCUGCUACCAAUGAAGAGCCAUUAGCUGCUACCGGUUCUUCAUUACUCACCAAAGACACUUCAUUACCGACAACUGAACCUUCAUCAUUCACCAAUGAAGGUACGUCAUCCUCAUCUAUCAAUGAAACUUCAUUAUCUACAAAUGAAGUCACGUUUACCGAUGACGCUUCAUUAUCUACCAUCACCGUUACUUCGACUAGCAAUGAAGAUUCUUCAACCGAUGUCUCUUCAUCUUUAACAUCUGAUUCAUCAUCUACAAAUGAAGACAUCACAUUAGAUUCUGCUAAUUUUUCAACCUACUCCACAAUUUCUAAAAUGCAUGACACAACCUCUAAUACAGUGGGAUCUACACAUUCCAUGUUUAGCAUGAUGUCUCCAACUACCACCACUGCACAUUCGAUGGGCGGCUUGCUAUUUUCGCCAACCAUUGAUGCCAAAACUUCUUCCAUGACAGCGGCUGCACAUCCAAUGAAAAACAUGAUGCCACUGACUCAAGGUGAGAUGUCAACAUUAGAUAACAGGCCUGAAGCUGCAGUAUUUCUGUCUGCUACUGGAGCUAUAUCUACCUCUGAAGUUUUAACAACCGCAAGCGCUACAUUAUCUGCCCCUGAUUCUACCUAUACAACUGCUUCGACAUACGCAACUGCAGUAACUUCUGCCAAUACCAUUGAUGUACCAACUUCCACGACUAAUGUCUCAACAUCUAAGUCUGACGUCCCUACAUCCAUCACUGAUGUCUCUAACACAAAUUUCUCAACAUCACUCACAAAUGUCUCAACAUCGACCAGUGAUGUCGCCAUACCGACCACAGAUAUUUCCGAAUCGACAACAAAUGUCUUUACAUCAACCCCUUAUGUCACCACAUCGACCGCUGAUAACAUCACAUCGACCGGUGAUGUCACCACAUCCACUACAUAUGUCUCCACUUCGACCGAUGAUGUCACCACAUCUACCACAGAUGUCUCCACAUCGACCCCUGCUGGCUCCAUAUCAUCCAACGAUAUCACCGCAUCGACCACUGAUAUCUCCACACCGAUGACUGAUAUCUCAACAUCGACCUCAGAUAUCUCUAAAUCUACCGAUGAUGUCACCACAUCGACCACUGAUGUCUCCACAUCUACCGUUGAUGUCACUAGAAUUACCACUGAUUUAUCCAUAUCGAAAGCCCCUGUCACCACAUCCAUCACAGAUGUCUCCACAUCGACCACUGAUAUCUCCACACCGAUGACUGAUAUCUCAACAUCGACCUCAGAUAUCUCCAAAUCUACCGCUGUUGUCACCACAUCGACCACUGAUGUCACCACAUCGACCACUGAUGUCUCCACAUCUACCGUUGAUGUCACUAGAAUUACCACUGAUUUAUCGACAUCAAAAGCCCCUGUCACCACAUCUACCAAAGAUGUCUCCACAUCGACCACUAAUAUAUCCACAUCGACCGACGAUGUCACCACAUCUACCACAGAUGUCUCCACAUCGACCACUGAUCUAUCCACAUCGACCGUUGAUGUCACCACAUCUACCACUGAUGUCUCCACAUCGACCACUGAUGUAUCCACAUCUACCACUGAUGUCUCCACAUCGACCACUGAUGUAUCCACAUCUACCACUGAUGUCUCCACAUCGACCACUGAUGUAUCCACAUCUACCGUUGAUGUAAUUAGAAUUACCACUGAUUUAUCCACAUCGAAAGCCCCUGUCACCACAUCUACCAAAGAUGUCUCCACAUUAACCACUGAUGUCUCUACAUCGACCACUGAUGUGCCAACAUCUACCACAGAUGUCUCCACAUCGACCACUAAUAUAUCCACAUCGACCGGUUAUGUCACCACAUCUACCACUGAUGUAUCCCCAUCUACCACUGAUGUGUCCAAAUCUACCGCUGAUAUCACCACAUCGACCACUGAUGUUUCCACAUCUACCACUGAUGUCUCCACAUCGACCACUAAUAUAUCCACAUCGACCGGUGAUGUCACCACAUCUACCACUGAUAUAUCCACAUCUACAACUGAUGUCUCCACAUCGACCACUGAUGUAUCCACAUCUACAACUGAUGUCUCCAAAUCUACCGGUGAUGUCACCACAUCGAGCAGUGAUGUAUCCACAUCGACCACUGACUUCACCACAUCUACCGUUGAUGUCACCACAUCGACCACUGAUGUCUCCACAUCGACCACUGAUGUCACUACAUCGACUACUGAUGUGUCCACAUCUAUAACUGUUGUACCUGCUUCGACCACCGAUGUCUCUACAUCUAUCACUUAUGUUUCCAGAACAUCUACAACUCAGUCACUGUCAUCAACCUCUGAGGCAGCAACAUCUACAACUCAGUCACCGACGUCAACAUCUGAAGCAGCAACAUCUACCACUCAGUCACCGACGUCAACUUCUGAGGCAGCAACAUCUACAACUCAGUCACCGACGUCAAAUUUCGAGGCAGCAACAUCUACAAUUCAGUCACCGACGACAAGUUCUGAGGCAACAACAUCUACAACAAAAUCAGCGUCGUCAACAUCUGAGGCAGCAACAUCUACAACUCUGUCACCGACGUCAAAUUUCGAGGCAGCAACAUCUACAAUUCAGUCACCGACGACAACUUCUGAAGCAGCAACAUCUACAACUCUGUCACCAACGUCAACGUCUAAGACAACAACAUCUACAACUCAGUCACCGACGUCAACAUCUGAGGCAGCAACAUCUACAACUCAUUCACCGACGUCAACUUUUGAGACAGCAACAUCUACAACUCAGUCACCGACGUCAACUUCUGAAGCAGCAACAUCUACAACUCAGUCACCGACGUCAACUUCUGAGGCAGCAACAUCUACCACUCAGUCACCGACGUCAACUUCUGAAGCAGCAACAUCUACAACUCAGUCACCGACGUCAACAUCUGAGGCAGCAACAUCUACCACUCAGUCACCGACGUCAACUUCUGAAGCAGCAACAUCUACCAUCCAGUCUUCGACGUCAACAUCUGAGGCAGCAACAUCUACCAUUCAAUCACCGACGUCAACAUCUGAGGCAGCAACAUCUACCACUCUGUCACCAACGUCAACAUCUGAGGCAGCAACAUCUACCAUUCAAUCACCGACGUCAACAUCUGAGGCAGCAACAUCUACCACUGAAGCAGCAACAUCUACAACUCAGUCACUGACGUCAACUUCUGAAGCAGCAACAUCUACAAUUCAGUUACCAACAUCAACUUCUGAACAACUCAGUUCUCUGAGGCAUCUACAACUCAUUCAGCGACUGUCAACAUCUGAGGCAGCAACAUCUACCACUCAAACGUCAACUUCUGUCAACAUCUGAGGCAGCAAAUCUACCACUCAGUCACCGACAUCAACAUCUCACUCAGUCACCGACGUAACAUCUGAAACAGCAACAUCUACCACUCAGUCAGCGACGUCAACUUCUGAAGCAGCAACAUCUACAACUCAGUCACCGACGUCAACUUCUGAAGCAGCAACAUCUACCACUCAGUCACCGACGUCAACUUCUGAAGCAGCAACAUCUACCACUCAGUCACCGACGUCAACUUCUGAAGCUGCAACAUCUACCACUCAUUCACCGACGUCAACAUCUGAGGCAGCAAUAUCUACCACUCAGUCACCGACGUCAGCUUCUGAAGCAGCAACAUCUACCACUCAGUCACCGACGUCAACUUCUGAAGCAGCAACAUCUACCACUCAGUCACCGACGUCAACUUCUGAGGCAGCAACAUCUACCACUCAGUCACCGACGUCAACAUCUGAAGCAGCAACAUCUACAACUCAGUCACCGACGUCAACUUCUGUAGCAGCAACAUCUACCACUCAGUCACCGACGUCAACAUCUGAGGCAGCAACAUCUACCACUCAGUCACCGACGUCAACAUCUGAAGCAGCAACAUCUUCAACUCAGUCACCAACGUCAACUUCUGAGGCAGUAACUUCUACCACUCAGUCACCGACAUCAACUUCUGAAUCACCAACAUCUACCACUCAGUCACCGACGUCAACUUCUGAAGCAGCAACAUCUACCAUCCAGUCUUCGACGUCAACAUCUGAGGCAGCAACAUCUACAACUCAGUCACCGACGUCAACAUCUGAGGCAGCAACAUCUACCACUCAGUCACCGACGUCAACAUCUGAGGCAGCAAUAUCUACCACUCAGUCACCGACGUCAGCUUAUGAAGCAGCAACAUCUACCAUCCAGUCUUCGACGUCAACAUCUGAGGCAGCAACAUCUACAACUCAGUCACCGACGUCAACAUCUGAAGCAGCAACAUCUACCAACCAGUCUUCGACGGCGACGUCAACAUAUGAGGCAGCAACAUCUACAACUCAGUCACCGACGUCAACUUCUGAAGCAGCAACAUCUACAACUCAGUCACCGACGUCAACUUCUGAAGCAGCAACAUCUACAACUCAGUCACCGACGUCAACUUCUGAGGCAGCAACAUCUACAACUCAGUCACCGACGUCAACAUCUGAAACAGCAACAUCUACCACUCAGUCAGCGACGUCAACUUCUGAAGCAGCAACAUCUACAACUCAGUCACCGACGUCAACAUCUGAGGCAGCAACAUCUACAGCUCAGUCACCGACGUCAACUUCUGAAGCAGCAACAUCUACCAUCCAGUCACCGACGUCAACUUCUGAAGCAAUUGAUACCAAUAUGGUUCCUGUUACUCCAAUUGGAGGAUCCACAUUCACUACACUAUCAAUCUCAUCUGGUGAGUAG